AUGAAACUAUCUAACUUCAGAACACAAAUGCAUGUUGCUCCAUACAAGAAGUGCAAAGCCACCGUGUCCUAUGGACGGGCCUUGGGGCACCGCUCUCUCGUGAUGUGCCUUUUUGUGCUAUUUGUUGGUCGACCCUUGAACCGGUUAGAUUUUAUUCUUCAAAAAUGUAGUGUAGUUCUGGCUAUGAAAAGACGACUUCUUGGUCUGGUGGGUGAGGAAGCUAAUGCAGCCUGUUGUGUGCUUGGUGCAACUUUCUCUGCUGGUUUUGUUGCAGGAAGCCUUGCUGCUGCUGCUACAUCUCCACUUGAUGUUGCGAAAACCAGAAGGCAAAUUGAGAAAGAUCAUGCCAGGGCAUUGAGGAUGACAACGAGACAAACACUAAUGGAGGUUUGGAGGGAUGGUCGGAUGAAGGGACUAUUCAUGGUUGUUGGUCCUCGUGCUGGCCGUGCAGGACCUUCCGUGGGCAUUGUGGUUUCGUUUUACGAAGUUGUGAAGUAUGUUCUGCAUCAUCAGUAUGCUACUUAA